AUGGACGGCAGGAGAAAGAAUAUUGCCACCACCAGUGACGGUGGCAGUGGUGGUUCUAAUUUCCAAAUGCCACUCCACUACCCAAGGUACACAAAGGACGAGUACAAGGAACUACCAGAGUGGAUGCUUGACCAAUUACUUGCUCAAUAUGGUCUGUCCGCCAGUGGCCACCGUGAUUUGGAGUCCAAAAGGGAGUUUGCAAUGGGGGCUUUUCUUUGGCCACCACAACACCCGCCACCACCGCCUAGUAAUUACCAUGAUCAGCUGGCAGCACACCGCUACCGCUUCAACGGAAAGAUUUGCUCCGCUUCCCCAAAUGUUUGGUCUUUUCUACGCAAAAAGAAAGUCUGA